AAUUUCCAGUAGCCACCUGUUCUGUUACCAGAUCCUUUGGACGUAAACUGGCCUACAACAGGAUUCCAACAACUCAAUUCAGAGCACAGGAAAUUACUACCUUCUAUUACAAGGGAACAGAUAGAAGCCUAUUUUCUCCAUAGACUUGCUGGAGAUAAUGAAGCGGCAUGUGAUAUCAAGGCAGUUAAGAAUGGGGAACUAUUGUACCAAUCCGAGAGAGUUUUGGCAUGCUCAGUUAUCAUUGAAAAUGAUGUAUUUUUUACUGGAAUAGUCAGUGCAGCCAUGAAAAAUAAGGUCACAUACAGCUAUAAACUAAGGCUGGAGAAAGAAUCUGGAGAUGUGCUAAACUCACACUGUGAAUGCCCUGCAGGGAAAGGCCCAAAUGGUACAUGCAAGCACCUAGCUGCUUGCAUGAUUAUGCUUGAAAAUUUUAUUGAGAAUGGUGAAGUGGCGGUGCAGAAAUCAUGUACAGAAAAUUUGAUGAUGUUCAACAAGCCAAAGGCAUCCCAUAAAGGAUCUCCAGUCAAAGUUGAAAAAAUUACAAUUGGGAAGAGAAAAUCAGCCGUUCAUUUGGAUGACCCACGACCAGAAAAGUUUAGGAAUGUAGAGGGCAUGCAAGACCGGGUCAGAAACCUAUUAAUCAACUAUACAUCAAAUACUUCUGAAGACAUUGCAUUUCGUUAUCUUUAUGAGAGAGCAGAUUUGAAGUCUGCAAUUCAUGACCACCACUACUUAUCAUUGCCUUUCACAGAAUACUGGGUGGAUAAAGCAUUACAGGUAACUGAAUCAGAGGUGGCAAGUAUUGAAAAAGAAACAAGGGGACAAUCUACAAAUAAGAGAUGGUUUGCAGAGAGAAUGUGGAGAAUCACAGCAUCAAAUUUUGGGCAGAUUUCAAGAAUGACAGACAGACGUAACAAACAGAAGCUUUGUAAAUCAUUGAUAUCUAUCAAGAGCCUCACCACCCCUGCAGUCACUCAUGGAAAAUCAUAUGAAAAAAAAGCAAUCAAAAAGUUUGAAGAUAACCACAACAUAAGAGUUCAUGAGAAUGGUUUAUUCAUUUGUUCAAAAAUGCCAUUUCUAGGUGCAACACCAGAUGGCGUUAUAGAUGAUAAAUAUAUAAUAGAGGUGAAAUGUCCUUAUAAAGGGCGGAGACAAGAAAUCAACACAAACACAAUGGAAUAUUUCACUUAUUUAGAGGUAGUGGGUGGGAAAAUCAAGCUGAAAAUAUCUUCCAAUUACUAUGAUCAAAUUCAGGGACAACUGUAUAUAAGUGGCAGACAAUUUUGUUAUUUUAUUGUGUAUACACUAAAGUCACUAUUUGUAGAAAUUAUUGAAAUCAACAGAGAAUACUGUGAAAUGUGCCUUAUACCAAAACUGGAGUCGUUUUAUACAAAACAUUACAGACCUUUCAUUGCCUCAAAUUUAUAAAUGAUUGCAAAUUGGGCCAAUUAAAGUUAAUUGAUAGAUUAUCAUCCCCGCCCGCCCCUCAAAAAAGGGCCCAUCCCGAUUUUUUUAAUGCAAAAAUUAUGAUUUCAAACAAACUUGCUUCCCAGUGACAUGAGUGAAUGAUUAAAGUCACAGAAUGUUGUUUUAUAUAUAUAUAUUCUACCAAGGAAUCUUUGAAUUCCUUACUUAACACUUUGUGUGAUGUCUGUUUUCAUUAAUUUUUUUUUCUCAGGAAAUAAAAAUUAAAAAAUUAUAUUCUCCCACCCGCCCCAUUUUUUUUUUUUGACCCCAGAUGAUAAUCUACUAAUUAGGUUGAAUUGGCCUUACUUUGAAACCACCUCCUUCUGUACUACUUAAAUGUAUGCUACAAAUGAAACAAUAUAUUUCCAUAAAAUUGACUACAUGUUGUGAAGUAUUGCAGGGAACACUUCAGAUUGCCUAAUAAAAUUGCCCCCAAUAUGUAA